AGUCGACAAUUUCCCGUUGGUAUGGAGAAUUCAAACGUGGACAGUUACUGCGGAUUGGUAUACCACCAUUUUUUUGCCAAAAGUCAUCACCGAGCUUCGAAAAAUCAACCCCGAAAGAAGAAUCAUCCUCCACCAAGACAAUGCAAGCUCGCACACAGCCCAAGAAACAAGGCAGUAUUUAACGGAAGAAAACGUGGAAUUCUUGGACCAUCCUCCAUAAUAGUCCCGAUCUAAGUCCUAACAAUUUAUUUACUUUCCCGAAAAUUAAAAACAGACUGAAUGGUCAAAGGUUCCAGUCACCAGAAGAAGCAGUUGACGCAUUCAAAAAUGCCGUUUUGGAUCUGCCAGCAAACGAGUGGAAUAAGUGCUUCGAAACUUGGUUCGAGCGCAUGCAGAUGUGUAUUAAUCAUCGUGGAGAAUACUUCGAAAAACAAUAAAGUCAUUUAAAACUGCCCACCGUGUUGUUUUAUUUCCAUAUGUAAAACUUAAAAGACAUCCCUCG